ACCAUAUCCCUUGAUCCGCCGCACAAGCUCCCGAGCUCGCGGGCAUGGCGACGGCGGAGGCGGAAAGCAAUGGCUUUGAGUUCCUGUCGGAUCCCAUGGACAGAUUUCCGCCGAUGGAUCUAUCCCACGACAACUCCCUGGAGUAUGACGAAGGCGCUGAAGUUCUUAUCCGCGCCCGGUCAGAUUCCAGCAUGGGCGACGCUGGGGAUGCAGCGCUUACAGUGGAUGCCGAUCUGAACAGUACUUGCGAAGCCGUCGCCCUGACGGUGGCACCUUCAAAGACGUCAACAGGGAGGGACGAUCCUCAGGUGCCUGGAUGGACAAGGAGAGUCCGUGUUGGAAGAGCACCAAUGGAACGCUCCCCCCCUGCGCCGGCGGGACAACUGCCCUGGAAAAAGCACUUCGUGGUUAUGCAAAUGAGAAGACACCAACCGUCAUAGUACAUGUAGUCGGAAGCACAUUUGAUUCACUUGGGGAGGCGUACGAUUUUUACAAUCUCUAUUUAUGGGAAAAAGGGUUUGGAAUCAGGUACAGCAAAAGCAGGCUAAAUGUGGAGAGAACAAAGUGCAUGCAAGAGAUUGUGUGUGGUUGCUCGGGUGUCCCCAAAAGAAGCAACACACGAACCUGUCGCUGCCGAUGUCCCGCAAUGAUAAGGUUACUCCGGACAAAUGACAAUGGCUGGUAUAUUAGUGAGCACAGAGCAUCCCAUAAUCACUCACUAACGGAAAAUUGUAGCGAGAAGCUGUACUGGCCUUCACACAGACAUAUUGACAUAUACACAAGAGAUGUUGUGAAGCAGCUGCGCGAAAACAACAUAAGUAUUGGUAAGGUGUACAACAUAAUUGGUAGUUUCUUCAGCGCAAUGAGCAACGUGCCAUUCAGCAAGAGAGCUUUGAGGGGGUUGUGUGGACAGAUCAGCAGAGAACAAGUUGAUGAUGAUGUGCGCAAAACAAUGGAAGUUUUUGCUGAGCUUGGAGCAAAAGACUCUGGCUUGUACUACAGGGUGCAGCCAGAUGAGGACAAUCGGAUAAGGAAUUUGUUGUGGUCAACAGGAGCAAGCAGGUCUCAGUACCAUUUCUUCGGAGAUGCAAUAACAUUUGACACCACAUACCGGACAAAUAUGUAGGACAUGCCUUUCGGCUUAUUUGUGGGAGUCAACAAUCACUUCCGAACUAUUAUCUUUGGCGGCGUCCUGGUUCGAGAUGAGACUGUUGAAACCUUUGAGUGGGUAUUCACCGAGUUCAUCCGUAUGAUGGGUGGUAAACACCCACAAACUGUACUUACAGAUCAGUGCAGGGCGAUGGAGCUAGCACUGGAGAACGUCAUGCCCGACACAACUCACAGGUGGUGCAAGUGGCAUGUGCUCAAGAGUGCAAAGGAAAAACUUGGCCCACUUUAUACAAAACGAAGCAAAUUCAGAUCAGAGUUUCACAAGAGAAUCCAACACAUGCUAACAGUUGAUGAGUUUGAGACUGCAUGGAAGGAUCUGAUAGAAAGCCAUGGUUUACAAACACACCCUUACCUCACAAACAUCUAUGAAACAAGGGAGAAAUGGGCAAAGCCAUACUUCAACGGCAAAUUCUGCGCGAAGAUGACAAGCACACAGCGCAGCGAGAGUGCCAACCACAUGCUGAAGGGUUAUGUCCCAGCAAGUUGCCCAAUGCACCUAUUUGUCCGUCAAUACAUGAGGCUACUUUUCAAUAGGGAGGCAAGUGAAAACUAUGAAGAGAGGCGUACAAAAAUAACACCCCCAGUCAUGAAAAUGAAUGCACCACUUGAAAUGCAUGCCAGUGAGAUAUACACCCGGGCUAUGUUCGAUAAGUUUGGCGAUGUUGUGUAUGAAUCAAUGCAGUACAAAGUAGAAGAGGUCUGCAAGGGAGAAACUUAUUUGGUACGGCGAUACCAUCCAGAAAAACAUGAGAAAUGGUGCAGAGUAGUGUACAGGGUAGAAGUUGACAAACUAGCAGACAAACUGAGGUGCGAGUGUGCUAACUUCGAGCACACAGGCUUGCUUUGCUGCCAUUCAGUGAAGGUCCUUGACUUCCUUGGUAUAGACUGUAUACAAGCACACCAUAUUUUGAAACGAUGGACAAAGGACGCACGGGAUGUUCUACCAAAUCAUCUAUCACACCUCCAGAAGGACAUCAUUUCUCUGAACUCAGUUACAUUCAGGCACUCAAACUUGUACACUCAUGCUCUCGAAGUUGUGCAUUUGGGUGAUUCCAACACAGAAGCAUACGAGUGUGCCAUGGAUAUCUUGAAGAAAGCAAUGGACACAUUGACUCCAAUAGCAGCCUUGCAGGAUGGUAUGGGCUUGGAAGCAAGAAUUGAGACACAAAAAAUAAAACAAAAAGAUUUGGUUCCCCUGUCUGUCCCCUACAACACAGCGUGCAGUGAUGCUGAAGGAAGUGCAGUUGGUAAUUUUAGUGGCCUCAGAGCUCCAGAACGCAAACGGAAACCAGGCCGACCAACCACCAGCAGGGACAAACCUCCAUACGACGACCAGAGUGCAAAGAAUAAGUCACACACUCCUAAUGUGCAUGCUGCGAAUGGUUAUGGCACAAGUAAGUGAACUUGCUUCUGUAGUAUAUGCCGGGAACCAGGACACAAGAGCCCCACAUGCCCGAAGAGAGGUGACAUGCCUCACAAAGAGAGGAAAGAAGCAAAAUGCUCAAACUGUGGGGUUGGUGGCCACAGGAAGAAUACUUGCAACAAGCCUAAGGUCGUCCUCCAUGUUGUUCCAUCUACUGGAUUCGACCCAAGCACCAUCUGUGAAUGAUUAUACUCUACAUUGCAAAUCUAUCUUGAUGAGGGCUCUGUAGCCAUUCGUUUGCAAAACGAGAAAAGAAAUUGUUAAAAAAGAGUUGGUAGUUUUCCGUCCUGUGAGGUGUAUCAGUAUGCUUCAUGCAGAAAUAAUGUUUCAAUUUGUUGUUUUCAUAAAUUAGUAGCUGUGGUUGUUUUCCAGCCUGCAGUCGCUUCCCUGUAAAGAACAAAUGGUCGUUUUCUGUUUUCUGAGAUGUAUCAUCAGUAUGCUUUAUGCAGACAUAAAUGUUGGAAUUUGUUGUUCA